CCAGCACGUUACCGACAGUCAUGCGUUAACAGCUAACGGUGACGCGUGUGUGUGUGUGUGUGUAUGUGUGUGUGACUAACAGCACGCUGCUCGGUCAGCCGGCUGUCACCGUUUACCGAAUCCGUUAACCGGUUAGAGGAGCAGCUAGCGGGUAAACUGACGGUCACAGCUAGCAGCUAACGGCUAACAGAAAGAUGGAGGAGUUUCUGUCGAGCUGCCGCCGAGCCGUGAAGGAGGACCUGGAUCAGGCUGGUUCUGGGGUCCAUGUGGUUUUGGGGAACGAAGCCUGUGACGUGGACUCGAUGGUGUGCGCUCUGACCUACGCCUACUUCCUGUCCAAGACCGUUCACAGUGAGAUGCUCGUUCUCCCGCUGCUGAACAUCCGCCAGUCAGACCUGGUGCUGCGUUCAGACAACGUCUUCCUGCUGAGACAGGUCGCUCUGUCUCCAGACCUCCUGCUGUUCAGAGACCAGCUGGAUCUAAAAGCGCUUCACAGAGCCGGCCGCCUGCGGCUGACACUGGUAGACCACAACGUCCUUCCCAGUUCAGACAGCGACCUGGAGGGGGCGGUGGUGCAGGUGAUCGACCAUCACCUGCUGGAGAGACAGCCCUCCCCCUCCUGUCCUGUUACCGUGGAGAUGGUGGGAUCCUGCACGACCUUGGUAACAGAAUGCAUCAUCCAGAAAGCUCCGGAGAUCCUGGACCAACAGAUCGCUCAACUGCUCUACGCGGCGGUGGUGUUGGACUGUGUCAACAUGGCUCCUGCAGCAGGUAAAGUGACUCCUAAAGACAGCGAGGUCGCUGCAGAGUUGGAGUCUCGUUUCCCCGCUCUGCCACCGAGGGGCGCUCUCUUCCAGAUGCUGCAGAACGCCAAGUUUGACGUCUCAGGUCUCAACACUGAGCAGAUGUUGUUGAAGGACAUGAAAGCUGUUUCAGGAAGUUUGAAUGUCGCCAUCUCUGUUCUCUACAUCACUCUGCAGGACUUCCUGCAGGGGGCGGAGUUGGAGGCAGAGCUCUCAGAUUUCUGUCUGAAAUUUGGAUACGACCUCCUGCUGCUGAUGACCAUCUCCUUCACCGAGAGCAAAGAGCCAAUCAGAGAACUCGCUGUGUACAGCCACAGCGCCACCUGCAGGAAACAGGUGAGCCUCUACCUGGAACAGGCCAGUAACCCCGCCCUCAACCUCUGUCCAAUCAGCAGCCCCCAUCCACAUAUCACAGCCUAUCAGCAAGGGAACACGCUGGCGUCUCGUAAGAAGCUCCUCCCCAUUGUUAAAGACUUCCUGAAGGAGCGGGACAGAGACGGUUGCCUUGGAGACAGUCGCCUGGGAGACAUGGAGGAGGAGGAGGAGGACGAUUCUCGGGUCCCUCCGACCCCGAUGAACAGUCUGGUGGAGGGCUGUCCUCUGGACGACGGCCUGCCGCACAUCAGCGCUCAGGCGCUGGAAGAGAAGUUCAGCAGCAUGACCUCUGACCUCUGACCUGUCCGCUGUCACCCGUCCAUCAUCGGGACGCCUGUCUGUCCGUCUCUCGGAUGAUGAAGGUACCGCAGAGACGACAUCACAAACAUCUCUAAGGAGUUUAUACUCACAGAUUAAACACACGGACGACGUCAACACGUCCAGUCUGACGUCUGAUUUAACGGACCGACUCAAACACACCGUCAACAACAUCUGGAACAUUCAGAGAACUGAAAACAUCUGGAACAACUUCCUUUAGCCUUCAAAAUAAAAUGCAAAUACAUUAAGGACGUCGCGCAUUUACACCGAACUUGUUUGGAUCUGAAAUUUAUGAUUUAAAUGUGUUUUCAGUGUAAAAA